AUGGCGACGAUCGGAUUGACGCCAAUUUGGGGAGUCGCCACCGAGCGUCUAGCCGACGAACGCGGACCAUUCACGUACCUCUUUUACUGGUUUGUGGCGGCCUUGCGCGACGCCGACUCUGCUCGUGCCAAGCAACGUGUCUUUGGUCUUGGCCUCCUCCUCCUCCUUCCCGCCCUCCUCACUGCGUUGUGCGUCAGCUUCAAGGUCGACGGCGCGCUGGGUUGGCAGUGGCGUACGGUGUUUGCGCUCGUGUGGCUCGUGGACGCCGCGUGCCUCGUCUACUGCAAUCGAGCGAUUCGUAGCGCGACAAUGGCGACGCUCUCGCGAACCUUAGCCCACUUGGUUGUCUACAGUGGCCUCACGACGCACCACAUCUUUCUCGUACUGCAGCUCGAGGGUCACAUUACGUGGGGAUGGAGCUGGGUCUUCUUCCCGUUCAUCGCCACGGUAGUACCCGUGCACGGCACCUUGUUGACAAUAGUGGUGUGGGCACAAUUGCUGCAACUCGCCCCGCGCCUCGCCGCCGCGGUACACUGGUCGUGGCUCAUUGUCUUUACACCCCUGGAGCUCUACGCGAUCGGCAGCCUUGUCUACUACGUACGUGGUGAAUUGCUCUUUCUCCCUCUAGACACCCUCUCGACAAUAUUGUUUCUUGAAUAG